ACAGCCGCGCGACGCGACGGUCUAGUUCGGUUCUCACGUAUGAUUAAUUUCGAAUUUAGUGCUUGAGUGAUCGCUUCUGACCGCCAUUUCGCCGUCGUAGCAUGUGCUCACUAGUCCGGAGCCACGUACACUGCUCGCCGCAUCGUCAAUCGUGCAAUAAACUCGUCUCUUACGGCUACCGUUAAACGACCGUUAACAGCCAUAUUUUCACGCUUUUCACGCGUGACGGAGAAUAUAAGUACCCCGUUUCGAUCUGACCCAUCUCGCGCGCGUGUUCGAGAGCUGUCGGAUGAUCGUGUGUGCAGUGAUAGUAUGAUCUCUUGGAUAUUCCAGUGAGUCUGCUCUAGCGAGCCCCUAUACCGGGUGGCCGAAUCGAUAUCGCGCGCGAAGUUUAGUGGCUCGUUCCUGCCUUCGCUGUCAGCAUCUCGCUAACGGCUGUGCAGCGAUAAAAAGAAAAAGAGAAAGAUAGAGAGAGAGAGAGAGAGAGAAAGUCGAGACGCCUGAGUUGGAACGAGAGCGUCAUCGUAGACAGAGAAGAGAGAGGGUAUUCGGCGUUCGAAAGGGAUCGACCGAUUUCCGCGAAAGGACUCGACGACAGUUGUCAGUUUGGCAGGAUGAGCUGCUGUACCAGCGCGCCUAUGGUCACGCAGACUUGCGAGACUCUUCUCAGCAAGUGCGAAAUCCCGAUCAUCGAUCUCGCUCAUAUGGGCACGGAGAGAUGCCCUCAGAAGGGAGUCGUGAAGCAGGUGGCCUCGAAACUGCUAAGGGCGCUGUCCGAGAAAGGAUUGGCCUUGCUCGUCAAUCAUGGCAUUCCAGAGUGCAAGAUGAAGGCAGCUUACAGAGCCCUAGAUACAUUUUGCGAGCUACCGGACGAAACCCGAGCAAAAUACGAGCGCGUUUCGCCGGAUAAUCACGGCUAUGUUAAACCAGGCAUGGAGAAAUUUACAGAUGAGAUGGAAUUUCGCCAUGCAUUCAAUUUAACCGGAUGUGAACAAACCCUGCCGGAGGAAGAUGUUCAUGGAUUUAGAUCAGCUGUAGAGGAACUGGCACGCGAUUUCAAACAAUUGGCCUCCAUGCUUCUUACUGCUCUGUCUGUGGGCUUGGAACAGUCCCACGACUUCCUGCUGUCCAAGCACGCGCAUAUGCUCGGCCCUGACAACGGGUCCACCCUACGUCUCCUCUACUAUCCGCCACUCGGUGCGCCGGUACAAGGACUAACCCGAUGCGGCGCCCAUUGCGACUAUGGCACUUUCACUUUGUUGGCGCAAGAUUGCGAAGGCGGCCUUGAAAUACAAACUCCACAUGGGGAACGAUGGGUCAGAGUAGGCCAUCUUCCAGGCGCUAUUUUGGUGAAUACUGGCGAACUACUGGCACAUUGGACUAAUCAGCAACUUCCAGCGCUUAGACAUCGCGUUGUUAUGCCGGAACAUUGCGGCCGCGGUCGUCAUUCCAUCGCCUUCUUCGUACAUCCGGACGACAACGUUCCCAUCGAACCGUUAGAAACAAAGAUCACCACAACCAGCCAGGAAACGAUUCCUUGUCGUCUCCAAAAGAAGAAGCGCAGCGUUCUCACGGCGUAUCAGCAUCUUCAACGACGAUUUCGCGAAACUUACGCGUCUUAAUAGACUCCACGCGAUUUCUCGUUUAUCCUAUUGAGAUGAUCUAUAUUGCCGAUCCACAAUCGAAGUAAAUUUUUGCAGGAUCGCUGGAACAAAGUUAAAACUUCGCGGAGAUUCAGAAAAGAUUUGAUUUAACGAACAGUGAAAUUAAGAUUAAGCUUGCAGGUUACGUUUUUUUAAAAUUUGACCAAUUAUGUGUCUUCCUGCAUAUCAUUUGAUACAUAUGAUGAAAGAAAAAAAAUGUUUAAAAAACGCGCAUAAUGUUCAUUCCACUUAACGUAAGUAUAGACAAGAUUCGUACUUUUAGUCCUGACGAAUUUUAACGGUAUAGCGCUUUAUAUAUGUGUGUGUGUAUACACAUAUAUAUUCGUCUUAAUUUCACAAUAUGUAUUCAAGAAUUUGAUAUAUUUCUCCCACGAAGCGAAAUUACGAUAUAGACUGUACGUUCAAAAGAUGUAAAAACAAUGUGAAAGAAAGAUUGCGAUUCUCUCAGGCAAUAAUAAAUAAAAAUUUGUACUUAAUUUAAAAAAUAUCUCCAUCAUCCUCAUAAUGAAUAAGCAAGGCGAUAAAUGCGGGAGUUUGUGAUCACGUUUUAUCUGAUUUAGCUUUAUGAUUUUUAGAAUUGCUUAAAAUCCAGGAUCCCAAUCAGUCUCUUGCGGUUCCUGGCCUAUCUGAUAACAAACUAGAACGUCUCCAGUUUUAAAAGACAAUGUGGAAUCUUCGAAUCUCAAACCGCAUUCUACAUUAGUCUUGACACUUUCUGUUUCAGUUUUCAAAUGUCUCAUUGAUACCAAUUUCCCUAAAAAAUAUAUAAGUAAUAUUUA